GCUACCAACAUGUGUCUUCAAAGAAAACAGGGAUGACAAUUGUAGUGAAGAAAAAAAUGACUAUUGUUGAUGUAAUCUUUUAAUUAUUACGUUUUUAAUAUUUUAAAACACAGAUUUCUAAAAUAAUUUCCGAAAAAAAGUGGCGCGCAUAAAACACGCCCCCGCGUUGCGUACAGUGAAGACAAAAAUCGAAAUAUCGACGAAAACGUGUUGUGUAUUUGUGUGUGCACUUUAUUGUACAAAUGUGUAUGUAGAAGAGCAAAAGAGACAGAAGAAAAGGGUCAUCGUGAUCUAUAUAUUUUCUCAAGGAGGGAGGAAUUAUCAAACUCCAGCUGGGAGUUACUUGCGAAUUUAUAUGUGAAGUAGAAGUACAGUUCGUUGCAUCGGCUUAACAAUGGCGAUGGGCAAAAGUUUUCGCGUCUAUGAGAAAAUAAAGCAGAAACAAGCAAACCCACAUUCCCUUCUACUGGAACAUCGAAAUCACAAGGAAACUGUCCUCUUUGAAUCACAAGCUGUCGCUGUACUUUCUGCUUAUGAGACUGAAACCCUAAAACCAAAUUAUACAAAACUCCUUGACGCAUAUGGUUGCCUAGGUGUUUUACAAUUAAAUGCAGGCGAUAAUACAUUAUUGUAUCUUGUUCUUGUUACUGGAUGUUUCUCAGUGGGAAAAAUUGGAGAAUCCGAAGUUUUUAGAAUCACUCAAACAAAUGUUGUUCCACUAUUUUAUGUACAAACAAACGAGGAUAGAGUUUCUGAAGUAAGAAAAGUGUUAAAUUCGGGCACAUUUUAUUUUUCUUGGUCCUCAGGACAACAAGAUGUAUUCGAUAUCACUCUUAGUGCUCAAAGACGUUAUAAAUCAUCAACAACUGAUAAUAGGUUUUUCUGGAAUCGAAUGCUUCACAUACAUUUAUUAAGAUUUGGAGUAAAUACAAGUCAAUGGCUUUUAAAAGUAAUGUGUGGCAGUGUGGAAAUUAGAACUGUUUAUGUAGGACACAGACAGGCUCGUGCUGUUGUCAUAUCGAGAUUAAGUUGCGAACGAGCGGGAACAAGAUUCAAUGUACGAGGAACAAAUGACGAUGGUCAUGUGGCAAAUUUCGUAGAGACUGAGCAGGCAAUUUAUUUAGACAAUGAAGUCGCAUCGUAUAUUCAAACAAGAGGUUCAGUUCCAUUAUUUUGGGAGCAACCGGGCAUUCAAGUUGGUUCGCACAAAGUGAAAAUAUCACGUGGUUUUGAAGCGUCAGCGCCAGCAUUCGAUAGACAUUUAACAAUGAUAAAACAACGUUACGGUCAACAAGUAAUUAUUAAUCUUCUUGGUUCGAGUUUAAUUGGCAGUAAAGAAGGUGAAGCAAUGCUCAGUCAAUUAUUUCAAACACAUCACAAUAUGUCGAGACACACAAAUGUACCGCAUAUAUUAUUUGAUUAUCAUCAAGAAUGUCGUGGUGGUAAUAAUAAAAAUCUCUCGAAAUUAAAAGCAAAAAUUGAAAAAUAUCUUGAAUCAUAUUCAUUAUUUUAUGCUGUUGGUGGUAAUCGUGUUAAUGAACAAAAAGGUACAAUACGCACCAAUUGUCUUGAUUGUCUCGAUAGAACAAAUUGUGUACAAACAUUUAUUGCAUUGGAAAUGUUAUCGAAGCAACUUAGUUUAUUGAAUAUUUUUGAAAAACAACAAAUGGUAUCGAGAUUUGAGGAGGUUUUUCGACAAAUGUGGAUUAAUAAUGGUAAUGAAGUUAGUAAAAUUUAUGCUGGUACGGGUGCGAUACAAGGUAGUUCGAAAUUAAUGGACGGUGCAAGAUCUGCCGCGAGAACAAUACAAAAUAAUCUUUUGGAUUCAAGUAAACAAGAGGCGAUUGAUAUUUUAUUAUUGGGAUCGACAUUGAGUACUGAAUUGGCCGAUAGAGCGAGAUUAUUAUUACCAUCAAAUAUGCUUCAUGCACCUCCGAGUGUACUCAGGGAAAUGUGUAAAAGAUAUAAUGAAUAUGUGGAUACAAUGAGACUUAGAGUUUGUAUUGGAACUUACAAUGUUAAUGGAGGAAAGCAUUUUCGAAGUGUCGUUUAUAAGGAUUUAUCUCUUGCCGAUUGGCUUUUAGAUGCGCCUUUAAAUUCUACAGCUCUUGUCGAUACGGAAUACGAUAAUAUUCCCGCUGAUAUUUAUGUAAUUGGCUUUGAGGAAAUUGUCGAUUUAAACGCAAGUAAUAUAAUGGCAGCAAGUACAGAAAAUGCAAAAGCAUGGGCUGAUGAAUUGCAAAAAGUUUUGUCACGUGACAGCGAAUAUAUUUUAAUAACUUAUCAACAAUUAGUUGGUGUUUGUGUGUAUUUUUUUAUAAAACCAAAACAUGCACCAUUUUUAAGAGAUGUGGCUGUCGAUAGUGUCAAGACAGGUUUAGGUGGUGCAACUGGUAAUAAAGGCGCCGCUGCUAUUAGAUGCGUUUUAUAUUCUACCUCUUUUUGUUUUGUAUGCGCUCACUUUGCUGCUGGUCAGUCACAAGUUAGCGAACGUAAUGCAGAUUAUGCUGAAAUCACUAGGAAAAUUGCAUUCCCAAUGGGAAGAACACUCAAUACUCAUGAUUAUGUAUUUUGGUGUGGUGAUUUUAAUUAUCGUGUCGAUAUGGAUAAGGAUGAAAUGAAGGAAAUGAUUAAAAGGCACGAGUAUGAUCAAAUUCUUCAGAAUGAUCAAUUAAGGGUACAACAAGAAAGUGGAAAUGUUUUUAAAAAUUUUAUGGAAGGUUCAAUUAAUUUUGCACCUACUUAUAAAUAUGAUUUAUUUUCGGACGAUUAUGAUACUAGUGAAAAAUGUCGUCAACCCGCAUGGACCGAUAGAAUAUUAUGGAAACGUCGUAAACAAGUACCUGAUUUAGAUUCUCCAUUGAAUUGGAAUCCAGGACAAUUGAUAUUUUAUGGUAGAGCCGAAUUGAAACAAAGUGAUCAUAGGCCAGUAAUAUCGGUAAUUGAUAUUGAUGUUCAUUGUGUGGAUCCUGAUAAGCGUGAGGAAGUUUUUAAACAAGUUAUCCUUGAUUUGGGUCCACCGGAUGGGACAAUUAUUGUCAAAGUUGAAGACGAAGGCGAUGAUGCUGAUAAUGUUUUUGAUGAAACAUUUAUUGAUGCACUUGUUCGUGAAUUAUCGCCAAUUGGUGAUGUAAUUCUAUUGAGGUUUGUCGGUGAGACAAUAUGGGUGACAUUUAGAGAUGGACAAUGUGCACUUGCCGCUGCUCGUGAAGGACGAAUGACAGUUUGUGAUUUGCCAUUGAAAUUGAGUUUAAAAUCUCCCGAUUGGGUGAAACUUAUUGAAAAGGAAAUUGAAAUUUGUAGUAAUACAAAUAUUUCGCCAUUCGAUGGCAAUACACCGUCAAGUCCUAUUGAAGGUAUUGAGCAAUUGAAAAUUUCCGAAAGAAAUAAUUCUGGAAAAACAAGUCCAAGUGGUCCACCUCCGAGGCCAGCGCCUCCUGGUCGUCCUCAGCCUCCAAGAAGUCCAAUGCAAGAACGUCGAACUGGACCACGUGCGGGAGUAUUUAGUGUAAUGCCAAAUCAAUCUCCAAUUCCAUUGACGAGAAAUAAUGUUGAGCCGAAGCCAAGCGAGGUGGAGAGAUUGUCACCUGAAUCGGCAAUUUAUGAGGAGAUUUUGGAUGAAGGUCCAAGUUACCCUAUACCAAAUAGACCUCCACCACCACUACCUCGUUUAGACAAUUAUCAAGAUUCCUCAAGUCGACCUCCAAGCUCGAUUCCACCACCUUUGCCACAACGACAAGCACCUUUACCACCGCCACAACAUCCACCGCCAAGUUUGCCACCUAAUAAUCCACCUCCAAUUCCGGCAAGAACAACAGGUGGUCCUCCAAUUCCAGCCAGAAAUCCUCAUUAGAUUAUAAGAAAAUCUAGCCAGUCUUAGGUGAAAAACCAUAUUUUUUAAGUAACUUAUCAAGAAUUUAAUUUAAAACAUAAAUAAUUAAUUUAGAAAAUUAUUGAGCGUCACGAACAAUUUUUCUGUCCGUCUCUAAUUUACAGUAAUUAUUUUUUUUAAGUCACAUUAACUUUUUUUUCUAAAUCAAUUUUAUCUCUAUAAAUUGAUUAUUCAAUUGCUGAUCAAAUUGCUUCGUUUUCUUGUUUCAUCAAUUUUUCUUCAUUUAUUAAUUUUCGAUUUAUAAUAAUCUUCUAGAAAGGUAUUUUACUUCCAAGGUUCCUUUGUUUUUUAGUAUAUUUAAAUUAAAGGGUGCUUAAUCAUAGAAAAAAGAUGAAAAUAAUUUUUAUUAUUGUACAUAAAUAUUUGAAGAAUUGAAAAGUAGAUUUAUAGAUUAAAUAACAAAGACUCAACUACUUGAAGUAAAAGAGAAAUAUUUUUCAAAAAAAAAUUUACAAGGAAUCACAAAUUUCUUUAUUAAUAAGGCUGUGAAUCAAAAAAUUGAGAUUUUUUUUUUAAAUCGUAAUUAAAGGUGUUUUUCUUGUUGAAAUUCUUCUUUAUAUUAGUUGAAAACAAUUUAUUUUUUGUGAAAAUAUUCAAAUAUUAAGACGGACGGAAAAAACAUUCAAUUGUUAAUUGAAAAGCUUAGCUCUCAGUAGGAAGAAUGUUCAAUUUGAAAUAAUGUGUUUAAAAAAAAAAAAUUGUCAUUUAUUGUACAAAUUAAUUAAGCACCCAAAUUAUUCAAAAACAAAACAAUUUAUCAAAGAACAAACGAUAUCAUUGAGUAUUGGGGGAAAAAAAUAGAUAAUGUUUUACCUAUAAAAAUAUACUGCUCGCAUUUCUGUGAAAAGCUAGCAUGCGAAGCCAUUACAAAAGUUUGAAAACACCGGAGUAUAUUCUUUUAUUAAUUUUUAA